AUGGACUCAAACUUUCUUUUAAACAUUGCAAAAGCAUCUAUUCACUUAUCUUCUGAAGAAGACUCAAAAAAAAAAGUUUCAAUUCUCAAAGAUUCAUAUGAUGCAAUAGCAUGUCUUAUUAAUGCGUACAUGCUUAGUUUAGGUUUUAAACUUUUAGGAUUUGAUGAAAAUCAUAACUUUGAUGCACCAAUUACAAGUUCUAAGAUGAAGCCUUUCUUUGAAUCUUUGAGUGAAUCAAAAGACCCUUUUCAUACUUUUAAAUAUAGUUUUUGUAAUAAUGAUGAUAUUUUUCUUAUAAAAUUAUUAAAAAUGGACAAAAAGAUUAUAAUUCUUGGAACAAAAAUGGGAAAUGGUGAUAUUGUAUUAUGUGAUCUACUAAUAGAUCAUUAUACACAAAGAGAAUUUCUUCCAUAUCCAAAUAAGGAAAAGGAAGGUUCUUUAGAAGAUAUUUAUAUUUCAAAUGCAAAAAUGAUUGAAUUAGUGGAGACAUAUAAAACUAAUAUUCUUCACAAAUUGGUUUCUGAUUUAAAAAAUUCAUAUUUUGAAAAAGUCAAUCCUUAUGAGAAAAUGUCUUUUCAAGCAUUUAAACAUAAUAAUCCAUCUCGUCUUUUUGAGAAUCCUAUAAGCUCUAAAUUUGAUAGACAGCAAAUAGAAGUUCCUGUUGGGCAUUCUUCCCCAUUUUCUAUCGGUAGUAGUGAUCUACAUCCUCCAGGAAUAGGGCCUCGUCCUUCGAUGAGUCCAUAUAUAGAAGAUAAUUCGUCUGAUAGAAUAUACGGUUGUCUUAAUGGAAUGCAUCUAGACAAGAACCAUCCUAUGUUCACUCGAUUUGGAAAAUAUACACCUCAUGGAAUGUUACCACCUGGUGCUAGAUAUGAUCCAGUAACUCCUCACGAUAAUCGUGAUAUUAGACCGGGAUAUUUGAGCAAUCCUUUUAAAUAUGGAAAUGCUGGCGAGCCUGAUAAUGAUGAAUUUUUUCCUCCUGAUGUAAAUAAUAUGUACAUGUGA